AUGGGAACUGCUAUGAUCCUAAAGAUCAUCUUGGCUGAUGGCACCUCUCAGAGACUGACACUCUCCAGUGGACCCCCAGCAUCUAUUGAUGAUCUAACUGAUGAAGUGAGGAAGCAGUGCGGACUUCAUGGAAAUUUCAAACUUCAGUUUAUGGAUGCCUUGUUUGGAAAUGAAUUCCUCAACCUCACUUCAAUUUCCGAAGUAGAAAACAAAGGGACUCUUAAAGUCAUUGACAUGUCAAAGACUGCUACUGUGCAGCACAUGGAUGAGGAAUCUACUGUUAAUCUUGUCUCGGAAUCACAAGCAUUCACGCCUUCCUCUGUUGGUGACUUCUCAUACCUGUCAGGGGUAUCUGAGGACACGGAUGUGAUGUCAUCGAGUGAAUUGGUUGGCUCACGAUCAUUGUGGCCUGCUGUGUUUCAUGUUCCUACGUUUUCUUUUGAUUCAGAGUUGAAACUUCAGCAUGCAAAUUUGGCUUACAUUCAGAAUGGAACUACACUUAUUCCAGAUCCGAAGUUGAAAUCUGCAAUCCUUGAGAGUUUGGUGCAAGAAAUUGUGAAAUAUAAAGUCUAUGCCAACGAUAAAGAAAUGCAUGAGGUUGCCCAGAGUCUCAUCAAAAAGCAUCCUUGUUUGACAGAGAAAGGGUCCAGCACUGGAUGUGGUGGGUGGAAGACCAGUUUAAAAUAUAAACUGUCUAACUACCGCACACAGCUGAGAAAACUUGGAUACCCAGAGGUGACUGUAAACUCUUUAAAAAACAAACCUGUUGGAAGGCAAAGUGCAGCCUUUGGUGUUAAAAAGGCAAAGAGAGCAGAAGUGAAUUUUUGUCCACCAUACCCAGCAGCAGAAACUGAGGACACACUAGAGACUAUGCAGAAAUCUCUACUUUUGGAUGUAAAGCAGAGAAACAACAGAAAGCUUGUAAAACACAAGAUGGAAAAGACCUUUGCAUUAAGACGACAUGAAGUUGUUCAGGAUGCACCAAUGGUGGAAUCUUUCAUGGCGAAAUGGCCUGCCCUGUUUGAUGUCAGUGAGAUCAAUGCUGAAUUUGAGAGGAUAACCACAGUUCCACUACAGUCAAAGUUCCUGUCUCAGCUGGAUCUCCACUCUGACACCCUAAUAAAGUUGUUCCAAAAAAAGAGGAGGGCAGCUAGGAAGAAGGCUCAAAACGAUUGUUGCACAAAUACCUGAUUGUGACGAGCCAGAUGCUGGACGCGAGUGUAUCAUCAAAGGACUCUGUGUCUACAUGGGGGAAGAUCCAGAGAACCUUGUGCAGGAAUAUGUGGACAUGGAUGAAAAUGCCAUCAAAGAGGUCAUUCAAGACACCACCAUUGGAAUAUAUGUCAUUAAACGAUCUACUUCUGCGGAACCAGAGGACAUUGGGAUUAUCCUUGAAGGAAUCAGCGUGUUGCAGGAUUUGGAAAAUGUAGCAUUAGCAGUUGCUAUGCUAUUUGGACUCAUGUAUGCACUAAACCUCAACUACCCGGUUGACCUCCGUUACACCUUUGAGGUAGUCCAGAAGGUUUUCAUGGGACUGGAUGGCAGUAAACCUUCCAACAAAACACUUGCUCUCAAAAACCAGCUGUUUCAGUGAGUGAUUCAAUGACUACAGUUUGUGUUGCCUUUUGUAUUGACCCAUUUUGGCCUAUUGUUGUCUCUUUACUCCACUGGAAGUUGGUAGUGUUUUAUUAUUCAUUGUUGAGUAAUAUUGAAUAGUUUAUAACUAUGUUUCAAGUCUUUACAGGCGGGUCCUUAAAUAGUUCCAGUAUUUGAAUAUUUCAGCAGCUUUGCACUUAUCGAUUUUCUAGUUAAUAUGAAAGUUCGAUUUUAUCAUAAAAUGUUUUAUAUAUGGGGAGCUCAUUCAGAACAGAGGGUUUUCUGUGUCUGGAUAGUUUAGCAGCUGUGCACUCAUUGUUAAUGUGAAAGCCUUGUUUUCUCAUGAGAUGUUUUAGAUAGGGGAAGCUCAUUCAGAGUAAGAGUAGCAAGUUUUCAGUUAUUCUGGAAAGGUUCAUUUGAAACUAAAUUUAAAAUUCAUUGAUGUGAAAUACAGUAUUUAGGACAGAGAAGUUUAAAUUAAACUGACUGAUAUGCAGUUUUGUU